AUGUUAUUAUACAUAGGUGCCCUUAAGCCAGUUCAACCGGUGCAAUCGUUCCAGCAGCCGGUUCAGCAGUUCCAACAAGUCCAACAGGUUCAGCAGGUUCAACAGUUCCAGCCCGUACAGCAGUGCCAGCAGCAUCUCCAGCAAGUUCAGCAAGUAAGCUACGCCCAGCCGCUCGCCCUGCAGCCGAACUUGCUGCAGACUACGCACUGCAACUGUGCCCAUGGUGGUCAACAACAGAUGGUGAUGCAGAUGUCCCCGAUCUCCAACCCCACCCCGCAACAGUACGCCCUCGUCCCGAUGGGGAGCAUGACCACCCGCGACUCGCGUGAACGUCUCGGCGAUGUCGCGUUCAUCUACGGCGACUCCAAGCACACCCUCGAGCUGGCGGACGUCCUCGCGCACAGCCAGAAGCUGCAAAAGUUGAUCGGUGCCGAACCCGACGCCCUCGAGCAGCUCGUCGCCGAGCAGCCGCUCGUGUGCGACAAGUCGCUGCGCAUGGUCUUUGACUUCAUUGCCGGCCGCGAGAUCUUCAUCGUGCAUGAGAUGCUCGACAAAGUGCUCGCCACCGCCCAUGUGCUCGGCGUCGCCGAGCUGUGCAUUGAGAUGGAGAAGCAGAUCGAGCUGAUGGCGCACGGCCCCGAGACGGCCAUGAUCGCGCUCGAGAUGGCCGGCCAUGCCAAUGUCCAGGAUGACGUGGCUUACCGCAUCUUCAAGGCGAUGAUCGACUGGGCCCUGGCCGACGCCCCUUGGACCCACCCCCUGUUCCGUGUCCCCUGGGCCUCCCUCUUCAAGGCGACCAUCGUCUGGGCCCACCAGAACGUCUUCGGGGAUGGCCGACGGGUCAUCUCCCACCUCGUCGACCGUCUCGAAAUCGAGCGCCUCUCCCUAGCCGAACUGCGCGACGUCGCUGAACUGCUCCCCAUCGCCAACAUCCCCCUCCGGCAGCUGGAUGACUUUGCUCAGCGGCUGAGGGAGACGGUCGAGUUCUACUUUAGAGCCACCGGCCAGGCCCUCGAGAUGCCCGACCGGUUCGGCGUGACCAGCGGCUUCGAGCAGGACACCGGGUCGAUGAACAGCUACUGGCAGCCGAAUCCCAAUCGCCUGCCCGGCGGCCAAUCCCCCGAAAAGGCCAAGCCGACCAGCUCGAUCUCCCCGGUCAAUUUCUUGUUGUCCUCCCCGAACUCGUCGGUCAUCCUGCCCUGCCGUUCUUCUUCUGAGGGGCCCCCCGAGUCGAAGCCGUUCGAGCUCGACGUCGGUGAAUUGCCGCCGAGCCGGACCGGGCUUUGGGAGUUUGAGUUCCUCUUCGACGGCAAGGACCUCGGGCAGAACAAGCCGGUGAACGUCGACCUGGACGUGCAGCUGGAGAAGCCGCAGCAGCCC